AUGUGUCUUCGCCCCGGCGUUUGCGACAAAGACGAGUGCAACGUGACGUUGGCUAUGAGCGGGACUCCCGCAAACCUGUGCCGCUCCCACGAUCCGAGCCAUUCGGCGGAACGAUUACUCCAAAACAUGUCCGAAUUAUGCAACACCGGUCUCACUUCCCGUCACGUGACCGAACAGCCUUCGCUUCUUCGCUUAAUGGAAAAAAAAAACAACAAAAAAGAACAACCAAAGAGCACAAUGCGAUCCAGUGUCAAUGCCGCGCCAUCGUUAGGGUCCAAGUUCGCGGCCUUGGGACGGCCUCUGGUAUUACGGCGCACGCCGGCACGCGAAGGGGGAGCCCCCGACUCCUUGUUU